AUGGCUGAGAAAGGCCCCAUAAGCACCAGCAUGAACUUCCGCUAUGGAGACCUGGCCUCCGAGGUGACCAGGCGCAGAAUCACCAUGACCACCAGAGAAGAGAUAUUAACCCCAACAAGUGAUGAGGCCAGGGAGAUACUCUCAGAUGUGGACCCGGAACCCGUCCCCCCUCCUCCUAGUGCAGCCAGCCCCGAAGUACCCCCAGCCCCUCCUCCCUCUCCGGCUGAGGACCCCAGCAUCUCCUAA